AUGACUGGAACGGACUCCAGAGGUGCUAAUGGCGAGAUGGCUAGAGGUAGAGAGGCUGGAGAGCAGGGGGGAGUUGCUGGUGGUGGAGUGGGGACUCAUCAACCAGCCAACCCUACACUACCUACUUCUACUACACCAUCUCCGACAACCGUGGAUCCCGUCAAAGCAUUCUCGAUUGAGAAAUUCAUGGGGGAGGACUACGAGCACUGGAGCUUCCGCAUGAGGCUGAUGUACACCCAAUACAAGCUAUUGGAUCUGGUGGAGGGGAAGAAGAAGACGCCGGAGGCCGCGGAGCUGAAAGGAGCGUGGAUGAAGCGAUCGUUCGACGCGUACAUGCUCAUGGUGCAAGCGGUUGGAGGACGACAACUUGACCACAUCAAGGACCUCUUGGGUGAUCCAGAAUGUGGACCCAAGGCUUGGAGGAAGCUUCUGGAUGUGCAUUCAUCGACACACGCUACCGGCAUCUCCCAGUGGAGCGUGGAUCACAUCCGGGCACGCAUCCUUGAGGAGGACUUGUGGCGUCGGAGUGUGGAGCGCUCGGAGGAGGGGGCUGGCUAUGGAGUUGGAGGUGGAAAGAGUGGCUUCAAGAAGAAGUGGAAGGGCAAGAACAAGGACAACCCUAAGGAGGAUGGCGGCGGGGGUCAAGGGGAGGUGUGCUUCUACUGCAAGAAGCGCGGACAUCGUUGGCGGAAGUGCUACCAACGACCCAAGGAUUGGACCCCGCCUUCAUCAAGCAACCAGCAUGGUGGCAAGAGGAGUGGGGGAGUUAUGGGAGCUAGUGGAGAGGAGAAGGAUGAGGAGAAAGGCGGCAAAUCUGAGGAGCGGAAGGCCGGGUUCUUCUUCUUCGUGAACGAAGCUCCUGGCACAUGA